CUACAACUGAUCAGCCUCUUUCGUCAUAUGUGCUUCCUUUGUAAACUGCCUUACUAUUGCAAACAAGUGUCAGAAACUCAAUUGAACUGAAUCAUAUAAUAAUCUUUGUAUAUUUACGAAAAUUUUGAUCCACUACAUUUUGAAUUAUGUCAAUGGUGCUUAAAAGUCAACCAUAUGCAAUCUAUCCAAUUUUAUUUAAUCCGUAUGAAAAGCCAAGUUAUAAACAAUCAGCUACUUAUAGAGGCACUCCAUCGAAUGCGAAUCACGAAACUUGCACAAAGGAUCAUUCUUCAGAAGAUAAGAUAGAAUCGGUAGACUAUUCAACUAAACAUUCUGACUCAUUAUGUUCAAUGGAAUCGAAUGUACAAAAAUCCCCGAUAGUUACUAAAAGACCAAUAACAACUGAGAACAAAACACAAAUUGACAAAAAACCAUUAUUUAAAACAAUUAAAAAACAAUUACAAUCUAGAAGUGAAGUAGGAAAUAAUUGGUUAUUAACAUCAAAAAUCAAUUUAAUUCCAAGACCAGUGAUUUCAUCUCAUAAACCAGUGAUACCAACUCCAAACAUGGAUUUAUUUCAAGUGAAUGAUUUCGAUACAAGUAGAAGUUGUUACACUUCUACAACAACUCGAUCAAUUUCACAGAAGCAAUCAAUUAAUAAAAGACCAUAUUCAGUUGGAUCGACUAAUUCAAAACUUUCAAAUCAGAUUGAUUCAGAAAAUGACACUAAUAAAACAGCUGCUUAUAGUUCGUAUAGCAGUCGUAAACCAUUCCAAUGUUUACCUGAAAAAACUAAUACGGGAACGAAAAAAAAUCGACCAAGUAGUGCUCCAUGCAUUUUGGAAGAAAACGAUAAAGCUGCCCCAGCUAUUUCUGAAUUAGACAACACUACAAUAAAUGCUAGCUUUACUAGUCGACAGUCACCGACAUCCCAAUCAGAUCAAAAAUUGUCAGAUCAAACAGUUAACAGAGAGGAAGAAAAAUCAGACCAAAACACUAUGAAUUCCCCAGUGCUGUUUGAUAAGAAGUUAUUAAAAGAAUGUAGAAUUAUAUUAGAAGAUCAAUAUGAUCAAGCUUUAAGACGUUAUGGAUGGCGAAUGGAAGUACACAAUGAUCCACUUAAUUUGAAAUCAAAACUAUUACCUAAACGAUUAUCAUACUCAGUUAAAUUGAAUCUACAACCAGUUUUACCUCAACCACCGAAAAUGAAAAAACAAAACAUUGAAACAUUCUUUCAACCAACUAUUAAAAUUCCAUUACCAAGUUUCACUAUCAGUCCAGAUUUCACUUCAGAAUGUUAUAAUGCACAUAGAAAUUAUUUAACUAAAAAAGGUCUUUGGAAUUAUGCUACACGUAGUUAUUCAUUUGCAUAUUAAAUUACUGUAUCAUGGUAAUAAAAUAUUAUCAUCAUCAUUAUAAAUAUACAUUUUAAUUUAC